AUGGAGGAUCAUAUCUCUGGGCAGUCCAACAAGCCUUUGCCGCGUCCAGCACAUGCUCUUUCCGCGCAGACCGUCAUCCAAGAGCUCAGCACCAACCCAGACACUGGAUUGACCGCUGCUGAGGCGUCUCGAAGGCUUGUCGAGUAUGGCGCCAAUGACCUUGGCGAGGAAGAGGGUAUCAAACCCAUCAAAAUCUUCAUUGCUCAGAUUUGCAAUUGCAUGACCUUGGUGUUGAUCCUUGCUUUGGCCGCCAGUUUCGGCAUCAAAGCUUGGAUAGAAGGCGGUGCCCUAGGUAUUAUCAUCCUCCUCAAUAUCAUAAUCGGCUUUGUCCAAGACCUUCAAGCGGCUCGAACAGUACACUCUUUAAAGUCACUCAGUCAACCUACAGCGAACGUCUUCCGAGAUCGACAGACCAUCACGGUUCAAACCAGCGAAAUUGUACCUGGCGAUAUCGUAAACCUCAAGAUGGGCGACUCUGUGCCUGCUGAUAUUAGACUUGUUGAGGUUUCCAACUUCGAAUCCAACGAGGCUUCACUCACGGGAGAAUCAAUGCCUGUGAGGAAGAACCCAGCGAUGGCAUUCGAUGACGAUACUGGGCCUGGUGAUCGGCUCAAUGUCUGCUACAGUUCCACCACUGUGACAAAAGGUCGUGGAAAGGGCGUUGUAUUUGCGACUGGGUCUUACACCGAGAUUGGAGUAAUCGCAGCUGCAAUCAAGGGCACUGGACGGAAGAAACGAGAGGUCAAAAAAGACGAGAACGGCAGAAGUUCAUUCGGCGCUUAUGCUACCAAAUGGCUUUUAACAACCUCCGAUAUCAUUGGCGAGUUUCUCGGCCUCAACGUUGGAACUCCGCUGCAACGAAAGCUGUCCAAGCUAUUCCUUUACGUUUUCGCCUUUGCUGUCCUGUGCGCUAUCAUUGUCUUGGCAGCCAAUAAAUUCGACCCACGAAAGGAUGUCAUCAUUUAUGCUGUUGCAACAGCCGUGGGAACCCUCCCAGUUUCCUUGAUCCUAGUGUUGACUAUUACUAUGGCUGCCGGAACCAAACAGAUGGCGGAUCGAAAGGUUGUCGUCAGCAAUAUGCAGAGUUUGGAGGCUCUUGGUGGAGUUACCAAUAUCUGCUCUGACAAGACCGGUACUCUUACUCAAGGAAAGAUGGUUGUUCGAAUGGCCUGGGUUCCGGGACAAGGGACGUACUCUGUCGCUUCUACGAACGAACCUUAUAAUCCUACUGUCGGCGACAUUAAUUGCACUCCCGUCCAACCCUCGGAACUGCCUGCUCCCGGAGGGGAGUCAAAAUCUCACUCAAUCGACUCCUUGGAAGAGGCCAAAGCCAGCAAAAGCCUCGAGCACUAUCUGAACAUAGCCUCUCUCGCCAAUGUGGCUGUCGUGGAGAAAGGUAGCAAGGACGGCGGCCCUGAGGAAUGGCAAGUGCAAGGUGAUCCAACAGAAAUUGCUAUUCAGGUCUUUGUGACUCGCUUCAACUGGAAUCGCAUGUCUCUUUUAUCUGGUCCUGAUCCGCGAUGGAAGCAGCUCGCCGAGUUCCCGUUCGACUCGGAUGUCAAGAAGAUGUCGGUCAUCUUCCAAGAUACAGCUACCGAUGAGAAACACAUCUUCACUAAGGGUGCAGUUGAACGUGUCCUUAGUAGCUGCGUAUCUAUGGACGUCUCUGGAGAAAUUGUGUCACUUGAUAACGCAGCUCAUGAGUCUAUUCUGCAAAAUAUGGAAGCAUUUGCUCGCCUCGGCCUUCGCGUCCUCGCUCUUGCCAGCCGGUCACCUGUCACCAACCUACCUGAGGACCUAUCUUCCGCGAUGAACCGGGCCGAUUUCGAGAAAGAUCUUGUUUUCCGAGGUCUCAUCGGUAUCUACGAUCCUCCCCGUCCCGAAACCCGUGGUAGUGUUCAAAAAUGCCAGAAAGCCGGCAUUAUCGUGCACAUGCUCACCGGUGAUCAUCCUGAAACUGCUCGGGCCAUCGCUGCCGAUGUUUGUAUCAUUCCUUCGCCCGAAAGGAUGCAGAUGAUACGCGCCGAUGUCGCCGAUGCUAUGGUCAUGGCAGCUCAUGAUUUCGAUCAUCUCUCCGACGCUGAUCUUGAUGCUUUGCCCGAGCUACCUCGUGUUGUCGCUCGUUGCUCACCUACGACAAAAGUUCGUAUGAUCGAAGCUUUGCACCGACGUGGUGCCUAUGUUGCUAUGACCGGCGAUGGUGUAAACGACAGCCCUAGCUUGAAGCGCGCAGACGUUGGUAUCGCAAUGGGUCUCAAUGGGUCAGAUGUCGCCAAAGACUCCGCUGAUAUUAUUCUGUCGGACGACAACUUUGCUUCCAUUCUCAAUGCAGUCGAGGAAGGACGUCGAAUCUUCGAUAAUGUUCAAAAAUUCAUUCUUCAUGUGCUCGCAGCCAAUGUCGCAUUUGUUAUCUCUCUUCUUGCUGGGCUGGCAUUCAAGGAUGAAAGUGGAGUAUCUGUCUUUCUUAUGACUCCUGUGGAAAUAAUCUGGAUGUUACUUGUCGCUGGAGCUUUUACGGAGACUGGUCUUGGAUUUGAGCAAGCUAGUCCGGACAUUCUCCGCCGGCCACCUCAGAGUCUCAAAUAUGGCGUUUUCACUCCCGAGUUCCUUUUUGACCUUGGAGCCUACGGUGUCAUGAUGCUGAUCAGUAUUCUCGGCUCCUCUGUCAUCAUCCUCUUCGGUUUCAACAAUCAAGGUCUCGGCCACGAUUGCAACAGCACAUACUCCGAAUCCUGCGAAACGGUCUUCUCGGCCCGGUCGACAGCUUUCACAGUCAUGACUUGGGACUUCCUUCUCUUCGCUUGGCAAUUAGUUGAUUUUCGCCGUUCUUUCUUUGCAGAAAUCUUUGAAGACGGCGGUAGUUUCAAGGCCUGGACAAGACGACUCUGGAAAAACCCUUUCCUGUUCUGGUCUGUCACUCUCAGCUUUGUUCUUAUCCCACCUACGUUGUAUAUUCCUGUGAUCAACCGUGUGGUAUUCAUGCACAGCCCUAUCGAUUGGGAGUGGGCUGUUGUGUUUAUCGCUGUUGGUAUUUUCUUUGCUGGGGCCGAGUUGUACAAGUGGGCGAAGAGAGUUUACUUCCGUCGAACGGUUCCAAAGGAAUUCAGGAAGGAAAUCACUGACGUUGAGCAAUUUGUGUUUGGGAGAUAUAUGUAUGAUUCUGGGACCAAUAGCGACUCGGGUUGCAAUGGUGACCAGAAAUGUUAG